CGCAAAUUCGUAACUCAAAGACCCAUGAUGACUGGAAAACGAAAGAACGAGGAGCCACAUGUGAUCAAUGGCUCGAAUAAAAAGCGUGCAUUAACGGAUCAGGAAGCGCAAUUGUGUUUUGGACCUGAUAUUUUUGCUAGGAGAGACGAGUUCGCGGAGCAAUAUGCAAACUCCCAACCGUACAAGCAUGGCGUCAUCCAAGGCUUAAUAGACCCCGAACUUUUGCGCAACGUCCGAUCUGAGAUCCAAGAGCAUCUUCAUUUCACACCGAAAGAGACAGACAUAUACAAGAUUCACCAAUCGGGGGACCUUGCCAACCUUGAUGGGCUCGAUGACUCGUCGCUCGCGCGUCUCCCGUCCUUACUCAAGCUUCGCGAUGCGUUAUACUCUCCCGCAUUUCGCAAGUACAUAUCCCAUAUUGCUGGUGCAGGACCCGUGAGUGGCCGUAAAACGGACAUGGCGAUCAACGUGUAUACACCGACAUGCCAUCUUUUGUGUCACGAUGAUGUUAUUGGAACGAGAAGGAUAAGUUACAUUCUGUACUUGACGGACCCUGACAUUCCGUGGAGAGCAGAAUGGGGUGGAGCAUUAAGAUUGUAUCCCACUCAGAAGAUGACAAGCGAAGAUGGUAACGAAGUCAUUGUGCCAAGUCCGGAAUUUUCGCUGAGCAUACCUCCUGCCUUCAACCAGCUAAGCUUCUUCGCGAUCCAGCCUGGUGAAAGCUUUCAUGAUGUAGAAGAAGUGUACGUGAAGAAGGAUGGUAACGGCGAGGUCGAUGGCGGCCGAAUCCGGAUGGCAAUCAGCGGAUGGUUUCACAUCCCACAGGAGGGCGAGGAAGGCUAUGAAGAGGGGCUUGAGGAGAAGCUUGCAGAACGAAGCUCGUUGAGCCAGUUGCAAAGCAAAGAGGCAGCUGAAUUUGAUUUGCCGAAACCGCAAUGGAAGGAGAUUGAGCCAGCAGCUAAAGUUGAAGAAGACGAGGCUCCUUUCUCCGAUGCAGAAAUGGAGUGGCUAUUGCGCUUCAUUAAUCCAAAUUAUCUAACACCAGACACUGUGGAAGCUAUUGCAGAGAGUUUCGAGGAAAACUCUGUCGCCACGCUUGCGGACUUUUUGCAUCCCAAAUUUGCCCAGAAGCUGAAGGAAUACAUCGAAAGUCAGGAUUCGGACCCAUCAGGCUCGAUACCGUUCCUUUCGCCCACACAGAAUCAGGUAAAUAUUGCUCGACCACCUCACAAGCACCGAUACGUUUAUCGACAACCGGUUUCUGGAGUGAAGGAGACGCCAGCAGAUACACCACUAGAUCAGCUGAUCGAACAUCUACUGCCCUCUCAGCUGUUUACAAGAUGGCUGUCUUUGAUUACUGGUCUGACUUUCACACGCGCUGAGCACAUGGCUCGUCGCUUUCGGAAAGGGAAGGAUUACACCCUUGCAACGUCUUAUGACGACCCCAAUCCACAGCUUGAAAUUUGCCUUGGAAUAACCCCUUCGCCAGGCUGGGGUGCAACCGAAGACGAUGAUGACGAAGAAGAUGGUGAAUCAAAGAAGGCAACAUCGAACGGCACGUCGAACGGUAAAGCGAAGUUGGCGGAAGACGGGCCGGCACCCGAACCCGUGGGUGGCUAUGAAAUGUAUAUGGCAGGUGACGAUGACGACGAGGGUGAUGACGAAGCAUCCAAUGACGGUGUCGAAGUGCCCAGCAGUGCAACGGGUGCUGGUCAAAGAAGAAAAGCAAAAGCCGAUCCGGCGAUCUACAAGAGCAGUGCUGAAGACGAAGAUGACGGUGUGCUUUUCACAAACCCUGCCAACUGGAACACGUUAAGCUUAGUGCUCAGAGAUACUGGCGUGAUGAAAUUUGUCAAAUACGUCAGCGAGAGCGCCAAGGGGGACCGCUGGGAUGUCAUUGGCAACUACUCUGUUGCAAAUGACGAUGAGGAUGAGGAGCAAGAUGCCGAAUGACAAAAUUUAACAAGAUGCAGACCGUAAAAAAUCGUGCGUGCGAGUUUCGUGUACUUCUUGAGGUGUUUUUUUUUCUCUAGUAGUAAAGGGUUUUUAGGAUCAGCUUCUUCGGACGAGUCCGCUUCAUGAGUUCCAUGAAUAGGACGACAUUGUUCACUUACACCAGACUUUUUUGCUUGAGACUAGAUCAACGUAUUCCCCCCUACAUCCUUGUCCGACGGAAUUUCUGUCUAGAGAGCAAAUAUCAUUAUCCCUGAUCCUUCA